AUGAAGGGCGCCGCGAUCACCUCCGCCGCCGUGGCCUUUGGCCUCGGUGCCUCGACCACCGCCUUCCUGAGCCCCCACAUGGGCGCCGGCCGCACGCAGGCGCCCCUGGCGCAAGCCGGCGCCGAGCCCGCGGAGCUCCGCGGCUCCGCGGCCUCGGAGCCCGCGCGCGGCGCCGCGGCAACCGGCCUCGCCGCGGCCGGCUGCGUCGCCGCCCUGGCCGGCCUCGUCGCGCGGCAGUCGCUCUCCGCGCCGAAGAAGCCGUCGAAGCCCCGCCAGGUGGCCAUGACCGCUUUCGAGAGCGAGACCGGCGUCCAGGCCCCCGUCGGCUACUGGGACCCGCUGGGGCUCAGCGCGGACGGGGACGUAGCGACCUUCAAGCGUCGCCGGGAGACCGAGCUGAAGCACGGCCGCGUGGCAAUGUACGCCACGAUGGGCUACAUCACGCCGGAGUUCUACAAGUGGCCGGGCUACCUGAGCCCUUCUUCUGGGCUCAAGUUCGCGGACGUGCCGAACGGGCUGGCCGCCUGCAGCAAAGUGCCCGCCGUGGGCUGGCUCCAGAUCAUCCUCUUCGCCGGCGCCUUCGAAGCGGGCUUCGGCUACGACGCCUACACUCGUGGUGGCGAGCCCGGCAAUUACGGCUGGAAGGCGCUCACGUCGGAUGACCCCGCAGUCCUGAAGAGGAAGCUGAAUUCCGAGCUGGCGAACGGGCGCCUGGCCAUGAUGGCCAUCAUCGGCAUGUUCUACCAGGACGGCCUCACAGGCUCCGCGUGGGGCGACUGGGCAAACUACGCUGAUUCGCCGCUGCGCGCCUUCGAGAGCGAGCUGGGGGUGCAGGCGCCCGUCGGCUUCUGGGACCCUGCCGGCCUCAGCAAGGACGGCGACGCGGCGGCCUUCAAGCGCCGCCGCUCCACCGAGAUCAAGCACGGCCGGGUCUCCAUGCUGGCGACGAUGGGUUACAUCACCCCCGAGGUGGCCGGCAAGUUCCCGGGCUACCUUAGCCCUUCCAAGGGUCUCGCUUUCGAGGACAUCCCCAACGGAUUGGCUGCCAUCUCCAAGGUGCCCUUCGUGGGAUGGCUCCAGAUCGUCAUCUACUGCUUGUACGUUGAGGCGUCUGGACUUGGCUUCAAUUACAUCGGCACGGAGGCCACCCCGGGCGACGUGGGCUGGAAGCCGCCGCUGCUUUCUGGCUUCGAUGGCGAGGCGAAAACGAAGAAGCUGAACGCGGAGAUCGCCAAUGGCAGGCUGGCAAUGAUGGCGAUCAUCGGGAUGUUCUUUCAGGAUGGUUUGACCGGCAGCGCGUGGGGUGAUUGGGCCCUCUAUACGGACUCGCCGCUCCGUGCGUUCGAGAGCGAGUUGGGCGUGCAGGCGCCGCUGGGCUUCUGGGACCCGCUGGGGCUCUCAGCCGAUGGCGAUGUGACGUCCUUCAAGCGCCGCCGAUCUGUAGAGAUCAAGCACGGCAGGAUCUGCAUGAUGGCGACCAUGGGCUACAUUACGCCGGAGGUCGCUGGAAAGUGGCCUGGUUUCAUCAGCAAGUCCGAAGGAUUGAAGUUCGCCGACAUCCCGAACGGGUUGGCGGCCAUCUCCAAGGUGCCGGGAUUGGGCUGGCUGCAGAUCGCGUCUUGGUUUGCAUUCUGUGAGAUCCAGCAGGGCUACGACGCAGACGCCAAAGCCGAGCCAGGCAAUGUCGGGUGGAAGCCGCCUUUGCUUGUUUCCGCCGACCCUGAGACACGAAAGCGCAGGCUGAACGCUGAGAUCGCAAACGGCCGCCUUGCCAUGAUGGCCAUCAUCGGCAUGUUCUUCCAAGACGGUCUUACUGGGUCUGCCUGGGGUGACUGGGCCAACUACACGGACUCGCCGCUCCGUGCGUUCGAGAGCGAGCUCGGUGUGCAACCGCCAGUGGGCUUCUGGGACCCGGUCGGCUUCACCAAGGAUGGCGAUGUUGCUGCCUUCAAGCGCAGGCGGGAGACAGAGAUCAAGCAUGGCCGGGUCUCUAUGCUGGCCACGAUGGGGUACAUCACCCCCGAGGUGGUCGGCAAGUUUCCGGGUGAGCUCUCUCCCAGUCUCGGAGUCAAAUACGCGGAUAUCCCGAACGGCCUUGCCGCCCUUUCUAAGGUGCCAGGCCCUGGUUGGCUGCAGAUCGUGGCGUAUUGCCUCUACUGCGAGUCUGGGCCGUUCGGUUACAACGCUGACCCCAACAGGAAGCCCGGGGAGCUCGGCUGGAGGCCGAUCGGCUUGUACAGCGCUGACCCCCAGGUACGGCAGCGCAGGCUGGCUGCCGAGAUCGCGAACGGCCGGCUUGCCAUGAUGGCCAUCAUCGGCAUGUUCUUCCAAGACGGUCUUACUGGGUCUGCCUGGGGUGACUGGGCCAACUACACGGACUCGCCGCUCCGUGCGUUCGAGAGCGAGUUGGGUGUGCAACCGCCGGUGGGCUUCUGGGACCCGGUCGGCUUCACCAAGGAUGGCGAUGUUGCUGCCUUCAAGCGCAGGCGGGAGACCGAGAUCAAGCAUGGCCGGGUCUCCAUGCUGGCGACGAUGGGGUACAUCACCCCCGAGGUGGUCGGCAAGUUUCCGGGUGAGCUCUCUCCCAGUCUCGGAGUCAAAUACGCGGAUAUCCCGAACGGCCUUGCCGCCCUUUCUAAGGUGCCAGGCCCCGGUUGGCUGCAGAUCGUGGCGUAUUGCCUCUACUGCGAGUCUGGGCCGUUCGGUUACAACGCUGACCCCAACAGGAAGCCCGGGGAGCUCGGCUGGAGGCCGAUCGGCUUGUACAGCGCUGACCCCCAGGUGCGGCAGCGCAGGCUGGCUGCCGAGAUCGCGAACGGCCGGCUUGCCAUGAUGGCCAUCAUCGGCAUGUUCUUCCAAGACGGUCUUACUGGGUCUGCCUGGGGUGACUGGGCCAACUACACGGACUCGCCGCUCCGCGCGUUCGAGAGCGAGUUGGGCGUGCAGGCGCCGCUGGGCUUCUGGGACCCGCUGGGGCUCUCAGCCGAUGGCGAUGUGACGUCCUUCAAGCGCCGCCGAUCUGUGGAGAUCAAGCACGGCAGGAUCUGCAUGAUGGCGACCAUGGGCUACAUUACGCCGGAGGUCGCUGGAAAGUGGCCUGGUUUCAUCAGCAAGUCCGAAGGAUUGAAGUUCGCCGACAUCCCGAACGGGUUGGCGGCCAUCUCCAAGGUGCCGGGAUUGGGCUGGCUGCAGAUCGCGUCUUGGUUUGCAUUCUGUGAGAUCCAGCAGGGCUACGACGCAGACGCCAAGGCCGAGCCAGGCAAUGUUGGGUGGAAGCCGCCUCUGCUUGUUUCCGCCGACCCUGAGACACGAAAGCGCAGGCUGAACGCUGAGAUCGCAAACGGCCGGCUUGCCAUGAUGGCCAUCAUCGGCAUGUUCUUCCAAGACGGUCUUACUGGGUCUGCCUGGGGUGACUGGGCCAAUUACACGGACUCGCCGCUCCGUGCGUUCGAGAGCGAGCUCGGUGUGCAACCGCCAGUGGGCUUCUGGGACCCGGUCGGCUUCACCAAGGACGGCGAUGUUGCUGCCUUCAAGCGCAGGCGGGAGACAGAGAUCAAGCAUGGCCGGGUCUCUAUGCUGGCCACGAUGGGGUACAUCACCCCCGAGGUGGUCGGCAAGUUUCCGGGUGAGCUCUCUCCCAGUCUCGGAGUCAAAUACGCGGAUAUCCCGAACGGCCUUGCCGCCCUUUCUAAGGUGCCAGGCCCUGGUUGGCUGCAGAUCGUGGCGUAUUGCCUCUACUGCGAGUCUGGGCCGUUCGGUUACAACGCUGACCCCAACAGGAAGCCCGGGGAGCUCGGCUGGAGGCCGAUCGGCUUGUACAGCGCUGACCCCCAGGUGCGGCAGCGCAGGCUGGCUGCCGAGAUCGCAAACGGCCGCCUUGCCAUGAUGGCCAUCAUCGGCAUGUUCUUCCAAGACGGUCUUACUGGGUGUGCCUGGGGUGACUGGGCCAACUACACGGACUCGCCGCUCCGUGCGUUCGAGAGCGAGCUCGGUGUGCAACCGCCGGUGGGCUUCUGGGACCCGGUCGGCUUCACCAAGGACGGCGAUGUUGCUGCCUUCAAGCGCAGGCGGGAGACAGAGAUCAAGCAUGGCCGGGUCUCUAUGCUGGCCACGAUGGGGUACAUCACCCCCGAGGUGGUCGGCAAGUUUCCGGGUGAGCUCUCUCCCAGUCUCGGAGUCAAAUACGCGGAUAUCCCGAACGGCCUUGCCGCCCUUUCUAAGGUGCCAGGCCCUGGUUGGCUGCAGAUCGUGGCGUAUUGCCUCUACUGCGAGUCUGGGCCGUUCGGUUACAACGCUGACCCCAACAGGAAGCCCGGGGAGCUCGGCUGGAGGCCGAUCGGCUUGUACAGCGCUGACCCCCAGGUGCGGCAGCGCAGGCUGGCUGCCGAGAUCGCAAACGGCCGGCUUGCCAUGAUGGCCAUCAUCGGCAUGUUCUUCCAAGACGGUCUUACUGGGUGUGCCUGGGGUGACUGGGCCAACUACACGGACUCGCCGCUCCGUGCGUUCGAGAGCGAGCUCGGUGUGCAACCGCCGGUGGGCUUCUGGGACCCGGUCGGCUUCACCAAGGACGGGGACGCCGACAACUUCACCCGCCGCCGGGUCACUGAGAUCAAGCACGGCCGGGUCUCCAUGAUAGCGUGCAUCGGGUACAUCGUGCCCGAGUACUUCAGGUUUCCCGGAGACUGCGCGCCCAGCCAGGGCCUCGCAUUCUCCGGCAUCCCCAACGGCCUGGCGGCGUUGGGCAAGGUGCCUGCCGUGGGCUGGGCUCAGAUGUUCCUGUUUGCGGGAAUGAUCGACUUUGGAUACCUGCAGUACGACCCCAGCAGGGGCCCCGGCGACUACAAGAACGCAGGGGUCUUUGGCGUCCUCAACGGCGGCGGGUGGGGCCCGAUGCAGAAUGCGGAGGCAAGGAAGACGAAGCUGAACGCUGAGCUUGCGAAUGGUCGUCUUGCCAUGAUGGCCAUCAUCGGCAUGUUUUUCCAGGACGGCCUCACCGGAUCCGCCUGGGGCGAUUGGGCCCUCUACACGGACUCGCCGCUGCGCGCCUUCGAGAGCGAGCUGGGCGUGCAGGCGCCGACCGGCUUCUGGGACCCCCUGGGCUACACGAACGAUGGCAGCGUGGAGAACUUCCAGCGCCGCCGCUCCACAGAGAUCAAGCACGGGCGCGUGGCCAUGUACGCGACCAUGGGCUACAUCUUCCCAGAGUACGUCAGGUUCCCCGGCCUGCUGAGCCCCUCGGCCGGCCUGAAGUUCGCCGACGUGCCCAACGGCCUCGCCGCGCUCUCCAAGGUGCCAGCGGCCGGCUGGUUGCAGAUCUUCCUCUUCAUCGGCACGUACGAGGUGGCCUACGCGGAGAAGCCUGGGGAGCCGGGCAAUUUCGGCAAGGGCAACUUCGGCCUCUUCGGUGGUGUCGCCGACUCCGCCAAGAGGACCCGCGGCCUGAACUCCGAGAUCGCGAACGGGCGCCUGGCCAUGAUGGCGAUCAUCGGCAUGUUCUACCAGGACGGCCUCACCGGGUCCGCCUGGGGCGACUGGGACCUCUACACGGCCUCUCCGCUGCGCGCCUUCGAGAACGAGCUGGGCGUGCAGGCCCCCCUCGGCUUCUGGGACCCUAUCGGCUACACCGCCGACGGCGACGAGGCCGCGUUCAAGCGCCGCCGGGCGACCGAGCUGAAGCACGGGCGCAUCUCGAUGCUGGCCGCCAUGGGCUACAUCACGCCCGAGCUCGGGUUCAAGUUCUCGGGCUACCUGUCCCCCUCCAUGGGGCUCAAGUUCGCAGACGUCCCCAACGGUCUGAAAGCCGUCUCCGUGGUGCCCGCGCUCGGCUGGGCCCAGAUCAUCGCCUACAUGGCGUUCUGCGAGGUGUCCCAAGACCAGAAGCCAGGCACUAAGGCCUGGGCGGGCGACUUCGGAUUCAAGGUGCUCACGUCUUCCGACCCCGAGACGCUGAAGAAGAAGCUCUCUGCGGAGAUCGCCAACGGCCGCCUGGCCAUGAUGGCCAUCAUUGGCAUGUUAUUCCAGGACGGCCUCACCGGGUCUCCUUGGGGCGAUUGGGCCCUCUACACGGACUCGCCGUUGCGCGCCUUCGAGAGCGAGACGGGGGUGCAGCCGCCAGUGGGCUUCUGGGAUCCGCUCGGCCUUUCAGGCGACGGCAGCGCCUUCAACUUCUCGCGCCGGCGCGAGGUGGAGCUGAAGCACGGGCGAGUGUCGAUGUUCGCCACGAUCGGCUACAUUGUCCCCGAGUACUACAAGCUGCCCGGCUUCCUGUCCCCAUCAUACGGGAUCCAGUUUGCCGAGGUGCCCAACGGUCUCGGCGCUCUGUCGAAGGUGCCUGCGCUUGGCUGGCUGCAGAUCAUCCUGCUCGCCGGCGUGACUGAGGUUCAGAUCUACAAGGACACGGUCAAAGGCGAGCCUGGCAACUACGGCGCUGGCUUCCUGGGUUGCAAGAGCAUCGGCCUGACCAGCCCCGGCUUCGCAGACCCCGAGGUGCGGAAGGCGAAGCUGAACGCGGAGCUGGCCAACGGCCGCCUGGCGAUGAUGGCCAUCAUCGGCAUGUUCUUCCAGGACGGCCUUACGGGCUCCGCCUGGGGCGACUGGGCCCUCUACACCGACUCCCCGCUGCGGUGA